AUGUUUUCCAGCACAACACGCUCCCUGAUCGGGGCGAGCAAGCAUUUGCGGUUCCCAAUCCCCAUCCGCUCAUUAUCCACCCCGAGCCAGCCCAACGCGCCGCCGUCCACCGAGAAAACGACCGCUGCUCCCCAGACCAAGGCUGAGCCCACGCCCACAUCGAUACCCACAUCUGCGGCUUCUACGCCCGUCGAAGCAUCAUCCGAACCCGCGGAGCCCACGGUCAAAGAAUGGUCCGACCGGUUGGGAGCGAUCGAUAAACACGCCCGACUUCCCCGGAGUGUUCAGGCGCUAUACCUCCGUCCCCUUCGCCGCAAGGCCGAACACGGCCUGCCCGUCUGCGAUCUCCAAUUGCGCUCCUACAGUGUUGAGAACCUCGAGUUCUUUGCCGAUUUUGCCCUCCGCGCUGCGUACUACCUCAACCUCCCCGUCUCGGGCCCCGUGCCUCUUCCCCGCAUCACUCAACGCUGGACCGUCAUCCGCAGUAACUUUGUCCACAAGAAGAGCAAGGAGAACUUUGAGCGGAUCACCCUCCGCCGUCUGAUUCAGAUCAAGGAUGGUCACCCGGAGGCGGUGCAGGCCUGGUUGGCCUUCCUCCGCAAGCACGCCUUUUACGGGGUUGGUAUGAAGGCCAACGUGUGGGAGCAUGAGAGUUUGGAUGCCAGCAAAGCCCUCGAUGCCUCCCUCCCCGAGAUUCAAAAGGUCGUGGGUCCUCAUCUCGCCCAGUUCGGUCAAAGAGAGGACAAUUCGCGCAAGGACACCAUCUUCGACUCGCUGGAUAACGCAAGGUAUGAGGAGCCGAAGAAUCUCUAA